GUUAAAAGAGCCCCAUAGAUUCAUCGAUUGAUGAUGUUCUUAGUUUUCUAUGCCACCCAUACUUAAUACACUCGAAAAAUAUGGUUCUGAAAGUCCUGAUCGUGGGUGGGGGCAUUGCUGGGCCAUCUCUCGCUUAUUGGCUGUCCCGCCUCAACACUGAAGUAACACUCAUCGAGCGAUUUCCCAGAAUACGGGCAUAUGGCCAGCAAGUUGACCUUCGGGGCCAAGGAGUGCCCAUGAUGAAGAAGAUGGGUAUCGAAGCUGCAGUUCGUGCAGCUGCCGUGCAUGAACCAGGUAUGCAGCUUGUUGACCAAGAUGGGAAGCAGACAGCGUACUUCCCAACCAUGGCGACGGAUACCACACAGCAGAGCUUCAGUUCAGAGUUUGAAAUAAUGCGUGGAGAUUUGAUUAAAAUACUGUACGAUCUCACUCAAAGUAAAAGAAAUGUGCAGCAUAUCUUCAACAUCUCUGUGAAGAAUCUCAAAGAAGAUGAUACCAAGGGACCCGAGGGAAACGUUCACGUUGAGUUUUCGGACGGUCGCAAGGAUAAUUUUGAUCUCGUUGUCGGGGCAGACGGGAGUGGUUCCCAAAUACGCAAAAUCAUGCUUGGUCCAGAUGGACCCGAUCCACGAUACUCACUCAAUGCACACAUGGGCUUCUUCACCAUUCCAUCUCUUCCAGGAGACUCUGAUAAGUGGACAUUCUGUAACCUCCCGGGCCGCAGAGUUAUUGGGACAAGACGAGACCGACCGGACCUCUUGCGGAUAUACAUGAUCAUAUACGGGAAACAGCUCGCACUCGAGGCAGCGCAAAGGUCCGACAAUUUGGAAAAUUUGAAGGAAGAAUGGGAUGCAUUGUUUAGAGGCAAGGGAUGGAAGACUGAUCGUUUCAUGCAUGAUCUCAUGCACUCACCUUUGGCUGACGACCUCUAUUCGACUCGACUAGAAGAAGUGCGGCUCCCGAAAGGACAUUGGUCAAGGGGUCGUAUAGUCUUGAUCGGUGAUGCUGCACAUUCUCAAGCGGUCAACGGCCAAGGGGUCACUCUUGGAAUAGUAGGAUCGUACGUCCUCGCUGGAGAGAUCGCAGCACUGGCGAGAAAGGAGGGGACAACGCUGUCUGCUGCAGUCAGUCAGGGGGCAAGAAACUACGAGGAGACAUUCAGACCCAUGGUAUCUCAGACACACGGAAGCAGUUUUGCUUUAGGAACGUUCCUCCCAGAUUCGCAAUUUGGGAUUAAGAUUCUACAUGCAAUUGCAGGGUGGGCCGCCAAGUUGGGCUAUGGGCAAUCUGGAGGUACCGGCUCGGAUCGGAUGGCAACCUGGUCAACACCUCAAUACCCAGAUCUGGAGGUGGAGAGAAUUGACUAAUAUUAUGCUGGCCAUAACAAUGUCAAUUAUUUGUAUUUUGAAUCACGUGUAUGCCUCUAAACGUCAAUUGGCCAUUACUAAACGAAAGUUUAACUUGACUGUAUCGCCUGAGGACAACCCAAUGUUGGCUUGAAAGCAUCAGGCCACUCAUGUUGUCAUCCGACGUGGUUGUCUGAAGCAGGCAUGCCAUCACAAUCUCGAAACAGAGUACAAUUUGGAGACGAUAACAAAGUUUGGUCUAGAGAAAUAUUUCUGAUGUGAGGCUCGAGAUAUCAAAUUUUGGAAGUUCACGAGCAUGUAUGUGUCCAGGGUGAUAUCGAAAUCACAGCGCAGAUAUGACAAGUCAUAGACGAUGCCCCGAUAAAAUCACUGCCUGUUUUUAGUACGAGUGUAUAUUACGGAGGCAGAUCCGGAAAUCCGGAAUCUCAUUUAUCGCAGAAGUCGACAGCUUCAUGAGGUUACAUUACUCAGGCGAGUCAGGUAGGUUUUGAUUAAGUCAUAAACUUCGCUACUUAAGAAUUGAACGCUGCUAUUGGAU